UAUUUUUCAGGGACUUACAAGUUGCGAAGAGCAACAAGUGUUCCAUUGCGCCUGCGGCUAUGCAACCAAAACGCAUCAGUAAUACAAGUUGCAAUUUCACGGCGUUAUGCAGGUUGUAUAUGACACUCGACAGUUUUGAUCCUAACCUCAAAGUGUUGACGAGUCGACGACGGGCAAGCUACAAAUAAGUAAGGAAAAAUGUCAACCGUCACCUUCAAGACAGAUCCCGGAUUUUGCCCUGACUGCGGAUCGAUAUUACCGCUGCUGGUAAAUGUCGGCGGUGUUGCUUGCUACAGCUGUAAACGGAACUGGGGAGUAGAAGUUUUCGGGGAUAUGGCAGUGUCGUACACCCUCAAUUUCAACAGUAAGGACGCCUAUGCUUCGUCGGCAAGGCAGGGAGAAGCCGCCGACGAUGAAGACGAAGCCGAAGGUCCGGUCGUCGAAAGGAGGUGCCCUCAGUGUCAGAAUGACAAGAUGUCCUACGCAACGCUACAACUCAGGUCAGCCGAUGAAGGGCAGACAGUUUUCUACACUUGCACCAAGUGCCGAUUCAAGGAAACUGAGAACUCGUAAAUUCUCGAAUUACUUGCGAGGUGACCGUUGCGUAUUAAGGUUUAGUUUAUAGUUAAUUAUAUAUGUAAUUUACGUUUACUUGUACCCAAUACGAACAUCAAUUUAUACUCACCCACAUGCCUCGUUUUAUACACGAACAACAAAUGUAGCGUUAAUAUUUUGACUUAAUAAAAAUAUCAUGCGUGUAAUAAAA